UGAAUUAACAGAUGUGCCUGGUUUGAAAAAACGGAUUCAUUUCUUGAUGGGAAGAAAAAUCUUCUUUUGUUUUUCACUUAUUUUUUUAUGUAUGGGAUUUUCACUGACCUUGGACCAGUUACUUGCCAGGGAGAAUGUAAGUUUCAGCUCUCCAACAUCUUCAAAUAAAGAAGUGGUUAUGAACAAUGAUCAACAGAAUAAUGGAGGUAUGAAACCAGUGCAGGAUUUGACAACAAUACCAAUCACACAGGCUCUCAACUACAAUCUGAGCAGACAAGAUUUAGAAAAAGAACCUUGGAAUACAUUCAGCCAUCAUAGCCCGGUUAAUGUCUCCGUGGAUGGAAUUCCCUGCAUUCUCUUUUGGGCCAAAAGAAUAACAAUUAAAUUUAAGAAUCAGACCUGGCUGGACCUUACAGAUGAAGCCAUUGGCCAGAAGGCAAUAGUGGGCGCUGGCAACUCAAAUUACAGUGAAGGAAGUGCCAUAUUGUCUCUGAAGUUUGGUGACGCUGAAAAUCCCAGAGGUAUUGAUAUAAGAUUCACCCUUACCAGUUACAACAAGUUGUCCAUCCAAAGCUGGUUUAGUUUGCACCGAGUUGAGGUUAUUUUCAAUAAUUCAAUUCCAGCAACUUUUAAUGCAACUGGCAUAUUUGCUCUGUCAAGUUACUCCUACCACUGCCAACACGUCAGCAGCCUGCAGCGGUAUGAUGCCUUUUUGUUGCCCAGCGACACCAAUGAUAUGUCAAGCCUGUGGGAGGUCACUUUUGUUGAUUUCCAGAUCCAAGGCUUUACCAUUAAGGGGGGGGGGCAGUUUGCCAAGGCCCGAGACUGCACCUCUUCCUUCUCACCAGCCAUUCCAGUCAGCCUGGCAACGUCCCUGACCCUGCUGCUGGUGUUGGCCUGUGCCCUGCACGUGCUCAUCUACCUGCGCUCUCUGGAUCGGCACUAUGAUUUCAUCGCCUCUCCGGCUCACUUCUGCCGGUUGAAAGCUUGAGAUGCAUCAGAAGAGAAGGAGCUGCUGAGGAGCCAGGGUGUCGAAUGCUAUGAACUGAGAAGCCAGCAGACCUGCAACAUUUAUGUUUAACAGCACAGGUCCCUCUUCCUCAGGAGGUCCACGAUAGGCUCUGAAAGGAGGUGUUCCUGUUCUGUGCUGUUUGACUUGUGAUACAAGAUUUUCACCAAAAGUCUUGAUUUUCUUUUUUUAAAGGAAAUACACGCAAA